GAUUGCAUUGGACAUUGAGUUGGACUGAAGCGGAGGCAAAAAGAAGAAGAAAGUGAGCUUGGAGGCUUAGUGGCAGAAAGAGGCAGUAAAUUCCGUCAUUGUUGAGCAAUUCUGGUAGAAGAAACACAUUUAUUAUCUGAAAUCUCACAAACAAGAGGGAAGGAAAAACUUGUUUAUUCAUGCUCUGCCAGUUGGCAGAUCUCUUUGUUUAGAGAGCAUUGAGCUUGAGUGUUGUUCGUUGCAAUCGUGAUAUUUACUUAGGUGACUUUCCCAGAAAGGGCGCAGAGUGGAAAUAGCUUUAGAAUAUGUUUGUGUGAUUUUGAGGAGAGAGUUGAGUAUGGCAUGAGAGCUUUCAAAAAGCGAGAGGAAAAGAAAAAAGACACAAUGCAUCCUGUCAUGAUCAUACUUGCAGCAUUAUUAUUUUACCAAACCACCGGGGCUGGUUUUUCACCAUAGAACAUACACUUAGUAUGUCAGCAGAACCUUAUUAUAGGCAGAGGGUGGGUCUUCCACCCACAAUAGAUUUCCUCAAAAUAUUCCUCACAGUGUGAGGUUUUCCUAGCUCCAGCUGUGCUAUGUAUGUCCUUUGCUGUUUUGAUGAUGAAUUAUUCCUGGAAUGUCAGGGUCUGAGGAUGUGGUGUUAUAUCUUCCCCCCUCUCUUUUAUACGUGGGGAAUCUCUGCAAAUGACUGGUUUUACUGCAUUGCAUCUGUUCGUAGCUCUGAAACAUGAGUACCAAGUUGGCUGUGUUGGGAUUUCUGAAGAACAGGAAUAGGUGAUGUGGUUGGGUGCUGCAGUUCUUGUGCUUUUUGCAACCAAAUUUUUAAAAGGAACUGUGAACUUUAAUUCCUAACUGAUGCAUUUUAGAAAGACUUCGCCCCUAAGGGUUUUCCCUCUGAAGAUAAAAAAAAAAAAUCACCUUUUUAAAGCUGUAUUGAGCUGGGCACUUGGGAUAUUAAUCACUUAUAUAAAAUUUCAGCUAAGUGAAUAUAAAUAAUGUAUUUAAUAUAUACAUGUGUAUGAACAGGCACAUGUCUGUUAGUGCUUGCUGACACUAGAAACUUUUUAUGUAAUUGUUUUAGUAUGAGAAAGGUACGCAAUUUGUAGAGGUAGUUUGCAGUGGCACAUGCAAUUUUACUUCCUCUGCUACUGUCAAAGAAGAGUAACUGCCUUAAUCAGACUGGAAGCGGAGUGUGAAAUUGUCAUUUCAAGUCUCGUUGUGUUUCAGGACACAGCUCCUACUUGAACAUAUAAUGUAUUAAGACCGCCAACAUUUUUUUUAGGGGGAAGAAAAAACAGUCUUAAAGUCAUGGUUUUAAAAAUGUCUUCAACAUAAGUAAAUUCACCAGGCCAUUUGAAAUAUUCGGCUGUGCCUGUACAGUCAAAUUGUCAGUGGCUGUGUUUUUUGCACUACUCUCCACUGGAAAGUGUUGGUCUGUUUCUGUGAAACUGAGCUGCACAGAGAUUUAUUGGCAAAAUGUUUGGAAAAUGGGGGUGGCAGUCGAUAGAGAUGAUUUAAAAAAACUAGUGAAAACCAGAUUUUCUAUGUCUGGUCUAAUAGGGAUUGUUAAAUAUGAGGAGCUUCAGAAAAUAUGGCCUCUAGCAUGAAUUGGGAGUUGAACUCUGAAAUAUCACCCUAGUGUUUAUAUGGAUUACAAGGAGUUUGAACUCCUCCUGUUUCAAGUAGUGUCUUAGCUGGAGGAAAAACCCAUCUCUUACUAAUCACAUCAUAUCCCCUUGCCCACUAGCAGCAAAUUCUUGUGUGGAAUAUGAACACAAGGAAAGUAAUUAAUGUAUUUUUAGCAUUUUUAAAAGAAACUAGCACUAGAAGAUUAGUCUAUAGGGAGCAGAGUGUUGAGGUACCCUUUUAGAAGAUAUCCCAAAUUAAUAUUUAGCUCAUGUGGUACAAUGUCAUUGUAGUUGAAGUCGUAUACUGGUGAAUUUUUUUCAGCUCAGAGGCAGUAUUUAUUUAUCCUAGCAGGGAAUAUGAUCCUUGGAUCUUCAGGAUUGCUGCUUAUGUCUUUGUAACACGCAGUUCCCCAGGCUAAGAGAAAUGGCAGCCCCAGAUUUCUGCCGUUCCAGAGGCAGUUUUGAAACGAUUCCCUGCCACCUUCAGGAUGUUGCUCAUGCAUUUUUAGUUUGGGUUUUUUUGGUGGUGUGAUAGAACAUGGAGUUCGCUCUAAAUGUAGCUGUUUAAAGCACAUUUAAAGCACAUGCACACAUUUCAAUUUUCUUGUGUCCCACGGCAUUCCUAUUCUUAGCAUUAGCCAGCAUAGAGGGUAUCUUCCAUCAGGUUUUUGUGCUUAGGGGAGCCAAAUACAGAGUCUACACCAUGACUGAUUUAACCAGGCAGAACCUUGUAACCUCCUGCUUUUUCCUCUGUGUGCUUUGGCCAGUGAUAAGCAUACGUGGGUGUGAAUGAGUUGAAUUAUGCUAUAAGGGCAGCUAGAGAUAAACAGGGUCCUGCAUUACUCUAAAGCACCUAAUAAGAGAUCCUAGUCAACAGUUUGUGCUAGGAAAUUGCACCACUGAUGAAGUACUAACUGGAAAAUCCAAUCCUCUCCCUUCCCCUUCCAGCUUAGCCGUGCCUCCGUGGAAGUGACCACAGCUGACAGGCAAAGGGAAGGAUACAUGACUUGCUGAAAAGAGAGAAAAUGCUAUGCUGGGGCUACUCGUCUUAUGGACAGCCUGGGAUAGGUAGCAACCUCCAGGUCAUCAUUCCUGAACCACAGGUGUAUGGGUUCAUCCACGACAGAAAUGUCAAGGAGGUGGCAUGUGGAGGAAACCACUCUGUGUUCCUGUUGGAAGAUGGGGAGGUGUAUACCUGUGGCUUGAACACCAAAGGUCAACUGGGACAUGACUGUGAAGGAAGCAAGCCAGAGCAAAUCGGGGCGCUGGCGGGGCAGCACAUCGUGCACGUGGCCUGUGGGGAGUCGCACAGCGUGGCCCUCAGCGACCAGGGCCAGCUCUUCUCCUGGGGCGCCGGCAGCGACGGACAGCUGGGGCUCACCACCAUAGAGGAUGCGGUGACAGUGCCAAGGUUGAUAAAGAAAUUGAACCAACAGACAAUACUGCAGGUUUCCUGUGGAAAUUGGCAUUGUCUGGCUCUGGCAGCAGAUGGCCAGUUCUUCACAUGGGGGCAGAACAGCUAUGGUCAGCUGGGCUUGGGCAAAGAAUGUCCCUCCCAAGCCAGUCCACAGCGUGUCAAGUCUCUGGAUGGGAUCCCUUUGGCUCAGGUUGCUGCAGGUGGAGCCCACAGUUUUGCCCUUUCUCUCUCAGGAGCUGUGUUUGGCUGGGGGAAGAACAGCUCAGGACAGCUGGGACUAAGUGAUGAACGAGACCGAGAGUCCCCUUGCCACGUGAAGCUGCUGAGGUCUCAGAAGGUUGUGUACAUCAGCUGUGGAGAGGAACACACAGCAGUCCUGACAAAGAGUGGAGGGGUGUUCACCUUCGGUGCAGGUUCCUGCGGGCAGCUGGGCCAUGACUCCAUGAAUGAUGAGGUGAACCCCCGAAGAGUUCUUGAGCUCAUGGGCAGUGAGGUAUCCCAGAUUGCUUGUGGCAGACAUCACACUUUAGCCUUUGUGCCUUCUUCAGGAAUGAUCUAUGCAUUUGGCUGUGGAACAAGAGGCCAGCUGGGAACAGGGCACACUUGCAAUGUAAAGUGUCCCUCUCCUGUCAAGGGUCACUGGGCAGCUCAUAAUGGGCAACUCUCAGGGAAACCUGAUGCCUGUAAAUACCACAUUGUUAAACAUAUCUUCUCUGGAGGAGACCAAACAUUUGUGCUUUGCUCCAAAUACGAGAAUUCCUUGCCUGCUGAUGAUUUCCGGACCAUAAAUGAAACACGUUACACCUGUUUAAUAAAUGAUGAAACUAUAGAUGUCUGGAGGCAAAAGCUUUUAGAAAAGAACAGUUCUAAUUCUGUCAAUAAUGUUGUUCAGAUACUGUCCUCAGCUGCCUGCUGGAAUGGAAGCUUCUUGGAGAAGAAAAUUGAUGAACAUUUUAAAACCAGUCCAAAGAUCCCAGGGAUUGAUCUGAACUCCACGAGAGUGCUGUUUGAGAAGCUGAUGAACUCCCAGCACUCUAUUCUCCUAGAGCAGAUACUGAAGAGCUUUGAAAGCUUUUUGAUUCCUCAGCUGUCCAGCUCUCCACCAGAUGUUGAGGCAAUGAGGAUCUAUCUGAUUCUCCCAGAAUUCCCACCAUUCCAAGACUCCAAGUACUACAUCUCUCUGACGCUUCCUCUAGCCAUGGCUAUUUUGCGCCUGGAUACCAACCCCAGCAAAGUGCUUGAUAACUGGUGGUCUCAGGUGUGCCCAAGAUACUUCCUCAGGCUUGUGGACCUCUAUAAAGGUGCAGUGGUUUACCUGCUCAGUGGAAGGAAGACACUGUUGAUUCCAGUCCUGUUCAGCAGCUACAUUACAGCUGCUCUCAGGCUUCUGGAGAAACUCCACAAGGUGAAUCAGAAGGUUAAACAUGUGGAAUAUGAUAAGUUUUAUAUCCCUGAGAUUUCCAGCUUGGUGGACAUUCAGGAGGAUUAUCUCAUGUGGUUUUUGCACCAGGCUGGAAUGAAAGUAAGGCCAUCCAUCAUGCAGGAUGCUGUGACUCUCUGCUCUUACCCUUUCAUCUUCGAUGCUCAAGCUAAGACCAAGAUGUUACAGACAGAUGCAGAAUUACAGAUGCAGGUUGCAAUAAAUGGUGCAAAUUUGCAGAAUGUCUUCAUGCUUCUCACCCUGGAGCCUCUGCUGGCCAGAAGCCCUUUCCUGGUACUUCAUGUUCGCAGGAGUAACUUAGUUGGUGAUGCUUUAAGGGAGUUGAGCAUCCAUUCUGACAUUGAUUUGAAAAAACCUCUCAAAGUCAUCUUUGAUGGUGAGGAAGCUGUUGAUGCUGGAGGAGUGACAAAGGAAUUUUUCCUCCUGUUGUUAAAAGAGCUACUCAAUCCUAUCUAUGGCAUGUUCACUUACUACCCAGAGUCAAACCUGCUGUGGUUUUCAGACACGUGUUUUGUAGAGCACAACUGGUUUCACUUGAUUGGCAUCAUAUGUGGUCUUGCAAUCUACAAUUUCACGGUUGUAGACCUUCACUUUCCCUUGGCUCUGUACAAAAAACUCUUGAAUGUGAAGCCCUGCCUAGAGGAUUUGAAGGAGCUGUCCCCGACAGAAGGAAGGAGUCUCCAGCAACUUUUAGAUUACCCUGGGGAAGAUGUGGAGGAGACUUUCUGUUUGAAUUUUACAAUCUGCAGGGAAAGCUACGGUGUGACAGAGCAGAAGAACCUGGUUGAAGAUGGAGAUAAAAUCCUGGUGCAGAAGGACAACAGGGAAGAGUUUGUCGAAGCCUACGUAAAUUACAUCUUCAACCUCUCCAUCCAAGAGUGGUACACAGCCUUCUCUACUGGCUUCCUAAAAGUGUGUGGUGGGAAGGUCCUGGAACUCUUCCAGCCCACAGAGCUCAGGGCCAUGAUAGUUGGAAACAGUAACUACAACUGGGAGGAACUGGAGGAGAGUGCUGUCUAUAAGGGAGACUACACUGCCACACACCCAACUGUGAGAAUGUUCUGGGAGACCUUCCAUGCAUUUCCCUUGGAAAAGAAGAAGAAAUUUCUCUUGUUCCUGACGGGCAGCGACCGCAUUCCCAUCUACGGCAUGUCCAGCCUGCGCAUCAUCAUCCAGUCGACGCCCAGCGGGGAGCAGUACCUGCCCGUGGCCCACACCUGCUACAACCUGCUGGACCUGCCCAAGUACAGCAGCAAGGAGAUCCUCAGCGCCCGCCUCGUGCAGGCCAUCGACCACUACGAGGGCUUCAGCUUGGCCUGAGCCAGGGAGGCACAGACUGUGCUGAGCAGGAGAACCAUGGGUUGGGCUUUAUUUUUGUAAGGGAAUAGAUCUCAAGUUCUUUUGGUUUUUUUUGUUUUUUUUUUUUUUUUUUUGGGAGGGGGUAAAUAAUAAUAAUAAUAGAGAUUAUGCAGUUUCAACCUGAUGCUGCCAGCAUUUUGUGGGGCUUCAGCAGGGAGAGGCUUUUGCUUUGAAUUUUCUCAUCUGCUGAACAAGACCAGUUCAGUGGGCAUUUCUGUUGUUUUCCCUUCCAACUUGACAUCACUACCCUCCUGGCAAUUCCUUGUAGUUUGCUUUUUAUUGCCCCCAUACACACACACUCUUACCUCUUCUUUUAAUUCAAAUAUUAAUUCAAAUUGAAAUAUUUUGAUGUCUCUUGCAUUUAGGGUAUGAUGGAAACAGGAUGAAACAGCGAUCUCCUCUUCGAAAAGCUGUGAUUUCCCCCCACCCUUUUUUCCUCCCUUUUUAAAUGCAAGCUGGUUCUUGCUUGCUUUGAAUGGAAAUAUCUCCUCUGCCCUUUGGUCCUUGGUGGAUGGUACUGGGCUGGGAUGUAAUUUCUGACCCCAGAGUAGUGCAUUAGUGAUGUUCUAUCUUUUUGGACCAGGAUGUCUUAUGGAAAAUAUGGUAGUUUACAGAGAUGGGCUUGGUUUUCCUCACUUAUUUUGAAUUUUGUUUUCAAGCUUCUCAAACAACCCUCAGAAUCCCUCUGGAGUGGGAUUUGUGUUCAGGUUUUUUGAAGGACAAGCCCUACCUAUCACAGCAGGUUUCUCUAAAUGCCUCCCUCAUGUUGUGUUUCUGUUCUGGCAAGUCUGCAGUCUGGGUGGGUGGGCAGCCCUCUUUUUCCAUCCCAACAGCCCUGUUACUCCAAAUCAAGGUGAGGUGGCUGCUUUUACUGUUGCCACCUUUGUCCAGAGGAGCUGUGUGUGUGGGUGUGCGAGUGCAGGGGUGUGUGGGUGUGGGAGGUGGGUACAAUGUCUCCAGUCUCAUCAGGUCAGGUCAAAGAAAGGAGUGAAGAUCCCCAUUUGAGUGAUAGCCCCCUGUUUGGAGAUUGGUUUGAUCUGUGCAGGUAGGCUUACUUUACUUUGCUGUUUAAGAACAACCCUCUCACUUGGCAGCUGUUUUGCCAGGGGGCCUGAAGGACAAUUGUGUGAAUUAGACUGAAAAUGUAGAAAAAUCACUACCUAAAUCUAUCCUGUAUGAUUGGAGAGCUUUUGUCCUCUUUUCCUCAGUCUCACUGCCCCAUUAAGUGAAGUUUGAAUGAUUUUUCUCCCUUCUCCCCUGCCCUUUUCAGGUCUUGAUGUAAAUCUCAUUUUAAGCCUAGGGUGGUUUUGACAUUGACUUGUUAUUAGGACAUAGUAUUUAUGCACCAUGUUCAAUUUACAGUAUUGAACUUUGCACCUCGUAACAAAAGGUUUUAGGCUUCUGGGUUGUUUUGGUUUUUUUUUGUUUUUAAAGACAAGCUGUGGGCUACAUCGAGAGACCCCCAGCCUCUU